CUGUGCAGGAUGCACAGGCAGACCUAUGAGAGAACUAACAGGCAGGCACUGGCUGAGAGCCAGAGAACUGACAGACAGCCGCCACCUUGUUGGACGUAACUUUCCCUAGCACUGCUUCUGCGCUAGGUAGUAUGGUGCAGUGGGUGUGAAGAAGAAGUCCAUCGGGAUCGCUGCGACUGUGUCGACAUAGCUCCAAGACCUCUGUGCAACAGUCGGCGAACCCUCAGCAGCAGUUGGGCUAUCACUUGCCUGACACCAUGAAGUCUAUUUCAGCAAGAGCUCCUGGUCAAUCCAGGUGGCUGCACCUGGCCACUGGCUGUGUGGUGUUCCUUUUCCUUCUAGCCACAAUACGAACUUCCAUGGCCAUCCCUGCCACCCGCAUUGAGAGAGACAGGACAAGUAACUUGAAGGAGUUUGAAAUGAAGCUGGACAAGGCCACAAGGGUGCUUGCACAUGUAGACCUCAAGGACAAGUACGACGACAAGGGAGGAGACUACAGUAAGGAAGACAAGGAGUACGGCAAGCGCGGAGAAUACAAGAAGGAAUCGUAUGGAGGGGAGAAGAAGGAUGAUGAAAAGGAUCAAGGGAAGGGAUACGAGAAGGAGGAGUACAAAGGGGAAAAUGCGAAGGAAGGUGAGAAGGAACACAAGGAUGGAGAAUACAGGAAGGAUGACGACAAGGAAGAUGAGAAGAAAUACGAGAAGGGAGACUACAGGAAGAACGACAACAAGGAAGAUGGGAAGAAAUACGAGAAGGGAGAAUAUACGAAGGAAGAGAGGAAGGGAAACAAGGUCGACUACAAGAUGGGAGAGUACAACAACGAAUACGAAAAGGAGGUACAUAAGAAAAAUAAAUAUGAUGAGAAGGACGGAAGGAAAGAGGAGUACAAGGAGGUCAAGAAGGGAGAAUACAAGAAGGAAGACAAGAAGGAAGGCAAGAAGGAGGCUGAGAAGGAAGACGAGAAGGCAGAGUACAAAACGAUGAAAUAUGACAAGGAAGAUAACAUGAAGAUGUUUGACAAGAAGGAAGACAAAAAGGAUGACAAGAAGACAUACAAGAAGGAAGGCAAUAAGGAAGACGAGAAGACAUACAAGAAGGAAUACAAUAUGGAAGACGAGAAGGAUGGUGAGAAGGAAGACGAGAAGGGAGAUUACCAAACGAUGAAAUAUGACAAGGAAGAUAACACGAAGAUGUAUGACAAGAGGGAAGAUGAAAAGGAUGACAAGAAGACAUACAAGAAGGAAGGCAAUAAGGAAAACGAGAAGACGUACAAGAAGGAAGACAAGAAGGAACACAAGAAGGCAGACGAGAAGGAACACAAGCACAAGACAGAAGACGAGAAGGCAGAUAAGAAGAGUGGCAUGCAGGACAACGAGAAAUACAAGAAUGAAGAGGACAACAAGAAGGACGAUGAGGGCAAAGAGAUGAAUGGCAAUGGAGAAUACGAAAAGGAAGACAAAAAAGAAGACUCAAAGGGAGGCAAAAAGGAACGCAAGGAAGACGGUUAUAAGACUGAAGAUAAUGGAGAGGGAGAAAACGAGGAGAAUAAGAGGGGAGAUAACAAGGACAAUUUUUUUAACGAGGCUCAGAUGGAUGACAGGGAGAGUGGCUAUGAGGAGUGCAGAGCCCGUCUAUGCAAGGAACAGGGCACUUAUGGCAAGUUCACAUCCAUGAUGCAUUGCGAUGAUAUGGACUUUGACAACGAUCACACCCAUAGUGAGAAUCCUCACUAUAACAGGCGACACGGGUGAUGCUGACAGGAAAAACAAGGGUUGGUUGGACGAAGUUAGGACGCUGGACCUGGUUUCCACCACGAGCACAAGCUGGGUAUGGACCCAGUCGCAUCUAGGUUGUUCAUUGAAAAUUACUGGCCUCUGUAUCUAAAGUUUCAGUCUUUACCCCUCCUCUCACCCCACACAAAAAAAAAGAGCGAACGAAAGAAAGAAAGAAGGGGCAAGUUCCGCUAUCAUCGGCACUAUGUCACAAACGAGUUUCGAAAGGGGCAUUUGUUUCAAGAAAGAAAGAAAGAAAGAAAGAAAGAAAGAAAGAAGGGGUAACUUCAGUAGAGUCACAAAACGAGCUAUAAUUGCACUAUGAGGCAAGAUACAGUUUGCAAUUGCACUUCGGGCACACUACCUGGCCAGAAAGCUAGGCUGUAUACAUUGCCGAAAUUGCAACCUGGCCAGAAAGCUAGGUUGUAUACAUUGCCCAAACUGCAGUUCGAAACUGUAUCUUGGCCCAUAGUGCAAUUAUAACUCAUUUUUGAGACUCCCGCAUAGUUUCCCCAAGACAGACGGGCAGACAGACAGACAGACAGACAGAAAGAAAGAAAGAAAGAAAGAAAGAAAGAAAGAAAGAAAGAAAGAAAGAAGAGAGAAAAAGACAAGGCUGGCUACGACUACAGUGACGAGUUUUGGAUCACCGAGGACUUCAAACGCUGGAUGGAGGGACGCAUGCUGCAAGAUCUUAUGUUCUUUACAUUACUCAACUGCCCUAAAGUCCAGCCAACAGAGAAAGCCAAAAAAAAGAAGGAAAAAGAAGUGGACCGUUCCCCAGCAUUUGGAUGCACUGUUGCAAGCGAACAAAAAGGGGAAAGCCUUGAGCCGCAUCUUUUCGCCAGAGGCAGUGGUUCGUCAUUGAAUCAGCCUUCUUCAACAAUGGAUGACCGACACACCAUAACCUCCAAUAAGGCUUCAUUAUGUCUCAGCUGAGGACAUCACAUACCAUAUCCAAUCAUGUCCAAUGGAAAGCACCACUUUUUUCAUGGGGUCUAACCCCUCUGAUAGGUGAGGCAGAAGGGAGUACAAACUGGUGUUAGGGAGAGUGAAGGCAAUGGUUGAUGGAUCAUUCCGCAUAGUAGUACAAUCUACGUAGUAUCCUUCGCUGAUUGCUCAACCUUCUUUUUUUUCUUUUUUUUCCAAGGGCAGCAGUCUUGAGAUAUAUGAUAAUUCACAGGUGACCGGCCCCAGGUAAUUCGAGAUCAUUAUGGAAGUCGUAUUUGUAGAUUUUAUGUCAUGAUUUUUGGUUAUUGAGCUUCUGCAAUGACACGUAUAUUGAGAGUUUAAGCCUCUCGAGUCUUGACGUAUCGUGAAAUUGAGGGUCUCAACCCUGAUGGGCAUUGUUCCAUGUUUUGGGAUAGGCUCACACCUGCUCAGUCAAUCCUCUGGUUCCCAGACUAAUCAAUGCUGGCAGGAAUC